AUGAUUCUGGUGAAGCCCCCUCCUCCUCCAAAGCCGCCGGACCUGACAGACCUACACCCGAAACCAUCUUGUCCGCUUAACCCUGCAAUGCUUCAACAAUGGCUAGAAAAGCCGGCAACCUCCUCAGAUCUGAACGGCAUCGUAUCUAGGGGAUCGCCACGAUGCGCUCGCCUUCGUGGCCCUGACUCUCCGCCCUUUGAUGUCGAGCCCCAUCUCCACCACGUUCCCAGAAGCUUGGCUCUCCCUAGCCCGUCGUCAGAGGGGAUCGAAGAUGUCUUCACCGAAGAUGACACGCAUCUCAUCCGGUGUUGGCCACCGUCGCAGUGGCUGCAUCUCUCAACCUUGCCAAAAAUUUAUAACCCUGUGACGGUCAAUCAUGGCCGGAUAUGGCCGAAAAAGAUGUGUAGUUCGCCGGAAAAUGCCAUUGGCCGUCGGCGGUCUCAUGAGACAUCAAUUACCGAUUGGGGUAAGAUGGACCUUGGUGAAUUAUUUAUGGGUUUUACAAAGCCCAUUCUAUUAAUUAGGCUCAAUUGGAGUGUUAGACUCAUUAUACUUGGCCUAAUUUCUAGUAGGUUAAAAAUUAGAUUUGCAAAAGUCUCAUAUGCUUUUGAACUUGUUGGAUCUUCCCUUACGAGAAGUCCAAAAUUUUCUGGAUUCUCAAAUCAUGUAACCAUGUGGAAGACAAUUGCACCUUCUUUUGAGCAUGGUCGUAUUUUCUUCUCUCUCAUGGAGAGUGGUCGAACCCCCGUGCUUUAUGCCGAAAAUUUCAAAGUCACAUGGUAA